GUCCUUGCGAUAGAGUAAAGUGCCUGAGGUACGUACUGUACAGACCCGCUUUUUAAGCUCGCGUCACGUGCAUCAAGAAGACUCACCUCGAGCUCACCAAGACUCAUCAACCCAAACUUCAAGUGUUGACUUUGCCGCUACAGAGGGAAGCUGGCAUCGCCAAUACCCUGCCCAGACCUCUCUACUACCGCCCGAGACGAUGAGCGACGACAACAAGGCGGAUCUGCUCCGUCUGGCGAGCGAGUACGCCGACAAGAACAUUGAUCUCUUCGACUUGCUCUCCAUAGACGCCCUCACAGCCAAGGAGGACAUUCAGCGCGCAUGGCGCAAGGCCUCCGUCAAGUACCACCCCGACAAGGCCCGCGACAACUUUGACGCAGAGAAAUGGGAGCUCCUCGAGCGCGCGCGCGACAUUCUCGCCGACGAUGGGGCGCGCGCCACCUACGAGCGCGCCAUGAAGGCGAAGCUGCUACGGAAGCAGGAGCGCGAAGCCUUUGACCGCGAGCGACGGAAGUACGCCGACGAUCUGGAGGCGGCGGAGCUGGCGGCCCGGGUCGCGCAGCAGGAGAAGACGCAGCGCGACCGCGAGGCGCUCGAGAAGGAGCGCGCGAGGCUCGCCGAGGCGCAGCGCAUGCGGGAGGAGGAGACCAGGCGGCAGGCCGAUGCGGACCAGGAGAUGAAGGAUCUCCUCGAGGCCAAGAGACGGCUCAAGGAGAAGAAGGAGGAGAAGAACCGACGCAGGCAGGCCAAGGAGUCCAUGAAGGCGGCUGGCCGGCCGUCGGGACCGGUCAAUGGGGUCGUCCUGGUGCCGGGGAGCUAUAUGGUCGAUGUUGGCGCGGGGCAGAAGCCGUACUGGCAGCUGGUAUGCGACAAGCUUAGGGCGGUGCAGAAUGCGCGGAACGUGGCCAAGAUGGAGGAUGCGCCUGUGGAUGAGGUUCAAGACGCGGAGCGCGAGGUGCAGGAAGCGCGUCGCUUGAUUGCCGAGGCUGAGAACAAGUAUCGACAGGAGACGGCGGUGUGAAAUCAUCAGUGGGAAGCAUGGCCAAACCUGCACCGUGGUAUGCCAUCGCCCAGCUCUCCAGAUGGUCACUCUGCCUCGGCUGGUGCAAGGGCAUCCGUUCAGUGACAUCAAGCCUCGUCUUCACGGCGCGCGUCUAUUGGGCUUCACCAGGCUAUGGCUGUUCAGGCGAGAAGCAUUCUUGUCCUUGGCUUGUUCCGCUUUCAAGAGGGAGUCCCUCGCGAUGCCUCUACCCGCCCGUCUCUUGCGCACGCACCACCUUGGUCGCGAGAAGAGUACAAAGAGUGCACACGGGAGAGUGAACACAGUCCCUUCAUUGAGCAAGGAGCCAUCUACCAAUGCAGCUUGCCGCAACGUCAGGGUUCAAUGCCAGGAGCUACAGGCAGCCCA